UCCCCCAGACGGCUAUAGAUCAGAUGACCAGCAAGCUCUGUUUUCCAAUGCUUUCUGCAUUCCUGGCUGCCAGCUUCAGCCGCUAAAGGGGCUGCUGCCACCUUCUGCCAUCUACACAGCUCAGGAAAAGAAAGGUACCUCAAACCUUCCAGAUCCCUUCCUCUCCUAGGAAACUGUUGAGCACAGACUCUGAGUAAUUGCAGGGAAUAAAGAUGACUGCUAUACCAGUAGAUGAUUGCAUCAACUUUGUGGGAAUGAAAUUUAUUGACAAUACACUUUACUUUGUAGCUGACAGUGAUGAAAACCUGGAAACAGAUUACUUUGGCAAGCUUGAACAUAAACUCUCAAUCUUACGAAACUUGAACGACCAAGUUCUCUUCAUUAACCAGGGAGAUCAACCUGUGUUUGAGGAUAUGCCUGAUUCUGACUGUACAGAUAAUGCACCCCGGACUGAAUUUAUCAUAUAUAUGUAUAAAGAUAGCCUCACUAGAGGUCUGGCAGUAACCAUCUCUGUGAAUUAUAAGACCAUGUCUACUCUCUCCUGUGAGAACAAAAUUAUUUCCUUUAAGGAAAUGAGUCCUCCUGAGAGUAUCAAUGAUGAAGGAAAUGACAUCAUAUUCUUUCAGAGAAGUGUUCCAGGACAUGAUGAUAAGAUACAAUUUGAGUCUUCAUUGUACAAGGGGUACUUUCUAGCUUGUGAAAAAGAGAAAGAUCUUUUCAAACUCAUUUUGAAAAAAAAGGAUGAAAAUGGGGAUAAGUCCAUAAUGUUCACUGUUCAAAACAAGAAUUAGAUACUAAAAUUGCAUAAUUUGAACUUUCUGAGUUUUUGUUUUUCAGAAAGGUUGUAAGACUUUGUGUCUAUAAUUGUAAUAAUGAAAUAAAAUGGAUAAUGGUCUUAAAAGAUA